CAACACUGCACUACUCCAGUGAUGUGAUGGAAAGUUCCAGAGCAGAUGGACCUUGUGGAGCUAUGUCCUCGGAGUCACGCACUUCAAUGAAGACUUGUUGAGAAGACGAUGAAGAUGCCCACUGAAUGCAGUAGCAGCUGUCUCGUCUACACAGUUAUCCUCCCAUAACAAAUAAAUUAGUCAACAUGGCCGCAGAGCACCUAGCCCUACAUAACUGAGACACGGAAUAAAACAACACAGAUUUAAUGGCGUUCAUGUCUCGGUUCUCUCGGUCCCGGAGCAGCUCCAGGUCUCCGAGCCGAAAAGACUCUGAACGUUCCUCCCCGAUCCUGACUGUCUCCGAGCUAGAGAGGCUCCUUUACACGGGCAAAACGGCCUGCAACCAUGCAGACGAAGUGUGGCCACGACUCUAUAUUGGAGACCAGGACAUUGCAUCAGAUCGUCGAGAAUUGGCCAAACUUGGCAUUACACAUAUCCUCAACUGCGCACAGACGAAGUGGCGCGGGGGAGCCGAAUAUUACGCUGGGAUGAACAUCACCUAUCAUGGCAUUGAGGCUCAUGACUCACCAACUUUUGACAUGAGUGUAAACUUCUAUCCUGCUUCUGAGUUCAUUCACAAAGCCCUCACCAGUGGAGGUAAGGUUCUGGUCCACUGUACUGUGGGAGUGAGCCGCUCAGCUACUCUGGUGCUAGCCUACUUGAUGAUCAGACAAAAUCUGACGCUUGUGGAGGCCAUCAAGACAGUAAAAGACCACAGAGGUGUCAUCCCUAACCGAGGUUUCCUCCGCCAGCUGAAUGGCCUGGACAGCAUCCUGAGAGAGAGCCGAAAAACAUCACCGUAGAGCUGAAAAUACUCUCAAGACACACUCCACCUGAGGUAGCAGCCCAUUACACUGGGAGAUAUUCUGGGACCAAACUAGGAGCAACCUGUGAAUUUCUGACAUUGCGGCUCUGAAUGGUAGCCAUUGAUACCGCAGAUCAAGUAAUGCCAUUAUCUUCAUAGUCAGCUCAGUUUGUUUAAUCUUUGUAGUUCUGUAGACUCUGAAACAGCAGCACCAAAUAAUUUUAUAUUCCUUAAGAUAUAAAAGUUUACCGAUACAUUAAGGUUCUAAAAAAUUAGAACCUUUUAUUAAUAAUUCCACUAUUUCCUUCAAAGUGUUUUUUCAAUUUGUAACUGACCUCUGCCUUUUAGAUUCAUUCACGCACAUAAUGGUAGAAAUUUUACAGCAACAUCAGUUGACCUAUGUAAGUUAAGUAGUAAACCCUUAGCUUUGACUUAUAGGUUUCAAAAGUUGACUGUGAGUCCAAAAUUGAGGAAACUGCUGCACGGGGUUUGCUUCAGAUGUGAAACAGGAGUUUGGGGUGUAACCUCACUGUCUGAAUUAUGUUAAUUUAAUUUCCUGUUAGCAACAAAGCCUACUGACAUUUAGCUUCUAUUUAUUGAUCUGAGAGCUAGUUUCUAUGCUCUGUAAACUUUUUUUGCACAAUUAUGGCUUUAGACUAUACUGACAAGGGGAGAACGCCUACGUUAAAAGUAUAAAGGGACUAGAAACAAUCAUUCUUAUGGCUGACAAGUGCUAACAUGUUUAUUCAUGGUGCCAUGUUUGCAGUUAUCCUGCCAACCACAGAUGUCCACAAAAUUUAUGCCUAAAAGUUUUUACAGGCUUCAUCCACACAUGUUUUUGGACACUUCUGCAAUUUUGGGCCCAUAUGCAUUGUUUUUCUUUUUAGUCAAGCUGUAGAGAACAUGUCUAACAGAGAUUUCUGUCUGACUUUUUUAAAUUUCAGAAGAAAAUAGUCAACCUGAGGCAGGUUAUCGCCAACCUGAUUAACAUACCUGGGUUCUGAACUCAGCAGAGUCACAAAAUAAACCCAGCAGACACUGUGAUAUUGAAUAGGAUGUUAAUCUUUUUUUUGUUAACUAGUCUUAGUAGAAAAAUAGUUCCACAUAGAGUUCGAAAAUGAGUUGUGCCAAGGUUGCCGAUGAGAGUUUACUGUUGUCUUGACAUACUUUCUGAGUGUUGUCUGACUUUCUAGCCAGAGAAAGUAUGUGUUCAAGAAUGGUUUUAUAUUAGUAUUUUAAUGAUUACAACAAAAUGAAAUAAACAAAACUGCCUCAACCCAGAGAGAAGUAACAAUAUCAAAAAAUUUCAACUGCUCAGUUUUGUGAACCAGUUCUCGUUCCACUGAGCUAACCAACCACACAAUGAACUAUACACUGAACUACUCGGAUCACAAGGUUUCUAAUGCUGUUUAUUGGUCAUGGUAGUCCAGAAACGUUAAGUUUACUGUGUAGCAAAUGAGAGGGAAUUUACACAAAGGUAACACAAAGGUACUUGGCUUUAAAGUUAUGUGAAGAUAAAAAUUUUAAAACAGACUCCAGUAUUCUUAUCUGUCUAUUUGGAAUUAACAUUAUAUGGCUGUAACUGGUAUUUUACUGUAAUCAAAACUUAUAAUAUGUAAAAGUAGAAUAGAAUCGUAUAUUACAUCAACCCCAGCCAGUUAAAAAACAUGAUGAAAAUUGGCAGAAGAAAAUUGUUUGUGCUUAGAAAUUUAAAUGUUUGUGUCCCAACAUUAGGCCCUGUUCAUUCACAAGCAUAUUUAUGUAAAUUGAAGUCCAGAGAAUGGGAGUUCUUGAGCAUAAUACAAAUCCUCUGGUGAUACUUGAUAUCAGUUUAAUGUAGUGUCAGUAAUUAAAAACUGAUCACAAUUGACCCUAAGCAGACACGUUCCUUGUUGUAUUUUCUAGUUAAUAUAGAGCGUAAAUAAGUUAUAUAAACCACCAAAAAUAAGAUUCUUUCUGAGUGAUUUUUUCCCCAUAGUUUCAGUCAUUUCAGGUCUUCCCUCAACGUUUUUACAUUCAUGAAAUGCCCUAUAACCCAGUUCUAAUCCAGCACAGUUAUGUAGCUUAUGGUAUUCCAGCAUAAUUACAGCAUAUCAAAUGUAAUUAUUUGUUUGUGAACACAACAGCAAAUGCACCAAUUGCAAUUUGGUUGGUUGCUUCCAAGUUCCUUUUUUGUGACCUGCCAAUAUUAUUUUUGCUGAUUCUGACUUUUUUUCUAAGAACUAUAACUUACAGCAUAUACAAAAAAACUUUUAAACUUUUCUCAAAGCAAAAUAUUAUUUUCAUACUAAAAGAAAUUAUUAAAUUUCCUAAAUCCCCAAAUUGCAUUAAAUAACAGGAUCUUCUCUUAUUUAAACAACAAAAAGCGGUACAAAUAAUUAACAGAAAUGAGUUGCUAUAUACCCACUGUUAUCUGACAUAUCUUAACUUACCAAACGUAAGCAGGUGCAAUGGAUUUAUAUAACAAAACAAAUGUCAGGUAGUUGUCAGGUAAUAUGUUUUUUUAAAUUUACCAGAUACAAUUAUGUUGACCUCUCUUUCUUUAACACUUUUUUUCUCUUUUUUUCAUAAUUUUUCUUGCCACUGUUUUUUUUUGUGAGCAGUUUCUGGCUGGCUCUGAGCUCCGAAUAGUGUAAGGCUGUUCCAAGCAGAUGGUCCCUGGCCAAACCAUUGUUGCAUCUUUAAUUAAUUAUUUGCUUACAAUUUGGUGUUGUUUAAGUGAACUUUUUUAUAAUGUAAUUUAUCAAAAGAAACCACAGUCAUUUUUUAUUGUAUAUAUAUAGUGUGUAGACUUAAUUUGUCUGGUAGACUACAGACUCACCAUCAUGCUCUCUAAGUAUCUCCCAGUCCAGUGUAUCACCUUAACUUUACAGUGACUGUUAGCUGUCCAGAGUACUACUCGAAGUGAAGAUGUAGUAUGCUAGCUCAAGAAGCAUUUAGAGUAGACAUGCAGUGAGAGACAAUACCACAGAUGUGCCAUUGCAAAAGCUACCAACUGCCUGGAUAACAUGCACAGUAAUCAUGCUGUGUGCACAAGUCGGGUAAAGUCUGCUGUUUUGUCUUGAUGUUAAAAGUGAGGCUUGUGUUCUCACGCUUGUAAAAAAAAACUUUAGAAGAGCCAAUUCUGUGCUUUUAACCAGCAUUUCAAAUACUUUCCGAUGUGUUACUAAUGAUUACCUCAAGAAUUAUGUUUGAAAGACAUUUUUUGUGGCUUGUAGAAUUUGUGCUGUGUAACAUCACCACAUUGAGAUACAAGGGGGAAUGAAGUGAGCAAUGUUACUCUCAGCAAAUGCAGAUAAAAUACCCCCCCAAAAAUGAGGAUUUGUACAGUCUGUGGAUAAAGAGAGUAUAUUAUGCUUAUUCUUUACUUUCAGUUCUUACACACACGCGCACACACACACAGAUUCUCAUAUUAAACAUGUUCAAAGUUUCCAGUACUGAUGUCAGUGUAUUUACAAGUAAAACCUCUGGCUUCACAUUGAAUAAAAUACUCAGUUUCAGUAAGUAUGAGAUGCCUGAGAUGACCAAUAAGGUCAUCUCAGGCACACAGCUCUAGUCUAACCACCCAUAUGGUGUUCAAACCUGUUUGCAAGGAGUAGCAAAUCCAAAGAAAGUUGGCUGUCCUUCAGACAGAGGAUAAACUUAGUGCCUGCACCUACACCUAGCAUAAAAGAAAUAGUAUAAUCUAUUAUGGUUGAAGAAUAAAAAUGAGAAGCUGGAAAUGAGCAGACUAUGCUAUUGCUAUUGCUCUCAGCAGCUUGGUUGCUGGCAAACAGUUUGCACCGAACGGUCAUAUUUCACCCAUCCUUUUCUUCUUUAAAUAUGAAAUUUUGUCAGAAUCUCCAAGUAAGAAAUACAUUCCUGCCCGCGCACUGCUGGCUCUGUUGUGUUUGCUGUGGGUCCAUUGCGUAACUGACGCCACCAACAUUAAAGGGACGCUUACAUUAGAUCGUAUUUUGUGUUUUGUUUGUGUUUCCAGGUUUGGGUUUGUGAGGAAUUACCAAAAUUAGAGAGGGGUUAGAGAGGAGAUAGCCUAACAUGUGAAACAGGAAAACACCGCAGUGUAAUCCAUUUAUUUUAACAAAGUAACUGUAUUCUAAUUAUCACUUUUUUAAACAGUAACUGUAACAGAAUACAGUUACUCAUAUUUUGUAUUUUAAAUACGUAACGCCAGUACAUGUAUUCCAUUACUCUGCAACACUGCUCUUGGCAAGAAAGGGUGUAUUUCACAAAUUACAUUUUGAACUGUAGUAUUGGAAAGCAAAACAGAACAGCAAGCAAUCUGAACUGAAGUGUCAUGACUUAAGUGACAAUUUGUGUGCAUUUUAUAGGGAAUUAAUUGCAUCUUAACUGGGUGCUUAGGGCUCAAUAGAUAAUCAAAUGGCCACAUCAGACUAUAACUUUCUGUUAUAGAUAGCAUAUAAAGAUGGAUGCACUACCCAUUAUCACUUCCUCCCUUUGUAGCCCAUGUCUUUGAGUAACUAGCAUGACAUUACCAUGGUAUUGUAGUCAUAUCUUGUGCCUGACCCAAAUGGUAGCUCACUUGAUAACAGUAAUUUAUUGUUGCAAAUCUAAAAAUGAUAUCAUAAGAGCCAUAAGAGAAACUAUUUAAAAAAUUGUUAAAAAGUCCUCCAGUGUUUUUAUGUACAAUAUCUAAAACUUGUCUACAUGACUUCUUUAUUCAAAGAAACUACCUGUCACUUUCAGUCAUCAGAUACCUUUAUUAGCGUCAAGCAACUAAACAGUGACAAAAUAUCAUUGUGAUAAGAAAAAGUCAAUAUGGCUACAUAUUUGCUACAUUUGAUAAAAUAUGUUUUAGUCAGACUCAUAUUCUCUAUGUUAACAAGAAUAGGGAGCUGGUACAGUGGCUUGCAAAAGUAUU